CAAGUACAUGUUCAGCCUGGUUAUGUUUUAAGAAAAGAAAAAGACUUGAAAAAAGGAAGUUGUGUCUGUGUUUAGAUCAUACGUUUUUCUUAUUAGGCGUCGACUGCAGAGGCAAAACGGUCAAAAUGGGCAAAAGUUCAUCGAGCCCGGUCCAAACUGGACAGAUGGAGAGGUCACACGGUGAAUGGUUCUCCUGGUUCUGGUGGCUGUGGGACAGUCUUUUCAUAUGGUUAGGGUUGAAUGAACCGAGCCAGAAGAACCGAGAGCUGAGCCUCAAACUAGAACAAAAGCACAAAGAGCUCAGAGAGAUUCUUCAGAGGAUGGACCACAUGGAGGAAACCCACAGAUCUGUCCUGGAGCACAAAGAGGCGGAGCACAGAGAGAAGAUUCAUGUCCUGGAAAAAGACCAAGAGGAACGACUGAGAUUUGCUGAGCUGAAGGAGAAAGAUCUCACUGAAAGACUGAAUCAACUGAACCUGGAGAAGCAGCAGCUGAGGAAAUGUGAGAGGUCCAGCUGCCAGCGCUGUGAGCACCAAGCCCAGGAACACAGGCAGCAAAUGUGUGAGAUGGAGAAGUUUUACAAAGACAAGCUGACUGUGGCCAGGUCUGCUCUGAAGGAGAAGGACGAGCAGUUCAGCUCCUUCAAAGACAGAGUGGCGGAGAACAUGGUGCUCUCCUUAAAAACAGACAACACAGAGAACAUGAACAGUCCAGUGAAUCAGAGCCGCCUCACAGAGAUGUACCAGCAGCUCCGAGUCUGCACGUGGCCAAAUAUACAGUUCCCACGUUCAGACCGCGAGGCCAGGACACUGGUCCAGGAGAUGUUUGCAGCAGCAGCUGAGCACAUGAAGAGACCCUUAGACACAGUAGAGAAAGUGUGUGGAGUAAAGGCCUCUUCUCCAAAGGUGGAGAAGUUCAGACAGACGGCUCUGGAGAAUCUACAGCUGGCUCUGUACCACAGCAGCAAACAGGACGUCUUUCAGGUGGUGUUUCCACACUUUGAUGGAGGAGCUGCAGAGGUGGAGCUGGCCUCUGAGUGUUACUGGUUGGGCUGUCUGAUGGCACUGCACGUUCCUCCUCUUCAUCCUCACUGGGACAGGGCUGAUGAAGAGCGCAGGACCGUCUUUCCCAGGGACAUUAGGUCACAGGCUUUAAAUGUAAAGUAAAAUAGUUGGUCAGUGUUUUUUUUAUCUUUAUUUUACCAAACAGAAAUAAAGUAGAAAAAUGCAGCAGUGGGUUUAAUAUACUGACUUUAAAAUACUGAAGUUGGCCAAAAUGGUCCAGAUCUGCUCUGAGUGAUAAAAACCAACUCUGACUGUGUAAUAACAUUCAUAUUAAAGUCAAAUUUAAGUGACAGAGCUUCAGACAGAGCAGUGUCCAAAGUGCUCAGGGACGACAGAUGGAAACUCCAGCUAUAAUCUGGUGUAAAGUAUCUUUAAUGUUUUUGCACAAUGUCCCUGUCAAAUAAACUAAUAGAAA